GGGUCCCUGUACGGCCUCCCAUUGCUGCUGUCUCCAUCGCCACACUCUGCCAUAUGUGCCACUUUCAGGUCUCCUCACACUGCUGGUGGGUUCCAUUUUGUCAUAGGGUGCUGUAUGGCCUCCCAUUGCUGCUGCCUCCACCGCCACACUGUGGCUCCACACUCUGGUUUUGGCCCCGUGACUGCCCAAAUGAGUGAAGUGUGCGGUGAUUCUAAGAUCGACGGCACUCAUCUGCAUGUCAUACUGACUGACAGUAUUAUUUCUCUUCCCCAGCAGACUCCAAGGGCAUUUAAAUUACAGGUACAGUGUUCUGCACUAAUAUAA